AUGAACAAAAACGGAACAGCUAAAAUGAAUGAUAAUCAAAUUAGAGCAGAAGGUAGAAGGUUAUUUAAACGCUUCUAUAACAUUCCUGAUGGUGUUAAUCCUAAAACUCGUAGAAGCUAUUUAAAUGAAGCAAUAGAUGCAUAUGAAGGGUUUGACAUUUCAUCAGAAAGUGAGAGAUUAGCGAGAAUGUUAAAUGUUAAUAUUGAUUUCUAUUAUUGUGAUCCUCAACCAGAAGACGUGGACAUAAAUAAGGUAGACUUUCCAUUAGUGGAAUCAAUAAUGAUAGAUCCAGAAUUUGAAACAGUAAAUAUUUUAUUAACACAGAGUCCAUGUGGAAAACUUCACGCUGACAGAAUAACAGACGUUGAAGCACUCACCGGCUAUAAAGUUUGUCCAUAUUGUAAAGAAGAAGUUUAUUCUAUCCGUGAUGAUCCAGAAAGGAAAAAACAAAGAAGAUUUUUAAAGCAUUGUGAGAAAUGUAAAGAAAAUAAUGGAAGAUUAAUUCAAGACGUUCAAUUGCAAAAGACCCAGCAACCAUAUGCACCACAUAUUACGAAACAGAAGAUAUAUCAGUGGUUAUUAGCUCAUAAUUUGCAGGAAUAUUAUCAACCGACAAGAUAUUAUAUUACUUUUGACUUUGAAACAUUAGAGACUAAAGAAGAAUUACAACUUUCUGAGUGUGCAACUUUGAACGCUUACUUAAAACCAUUCAUGGUAUCAUCAACGGUUAAAUUAAAUGAUAAAACGUAUACGAGGAAUUUUUGCUUAACUUCGAGUGAUUCUUUUAUUUCUGAUUGGAUUGAGUUUUUAUUUUCAACCUGUUCAUUAGUUGUUGAAUCAAAUAUGAGUCAAUACAAUGAAUUAUUGAAGUCGCAAACGGCGGGGACUUUGUCCCAUACAUUAAAUGAAAAACAGAAGGAAGCAUUUAAAGAACUUCUAGAUGAGGAAUUCAAUAAAGUGAAUAUCAUAGGUUUUAAUUCGGGAAAGUUUGAUUUAAAUUUAAUUCUUCGUGAUUUAAAUACUGCAAAAUGGAAAAUAAAAUCAAUGCUGGGUUCAUCUUCACAAUUUAAGCAAAUCAUUGUAAAGAAAACAAACGUUCCAUAUGAAUUGAGAUUUAUUGACAUCAGAAAUUAUAUAGCGGGUGGGACAUUAGACCAAUUCAAUCAAGAUUUCGGAAACAAUAAAUCACGUGUUAAAUCCUUUUUCCCUUAUCAAUUCAUCACGUGGGAAAAUUACGAAGAAGAAUUAUAUAAAGAGGAACCAUUCACUCAAGAUUCAUUUUAUUCAGCAUUAACCCAAGAAACUAUAUCAGAUAGUGAUUAUCAAAUAUAUCUCAAUGAUGCUAAAAAUUUUAAGAAUAGAUUAGAAUAUUUUAUUCAUUAUUGCAAUAAAGAUGUUGAAAUUAUGAUUGACCCAAUCGAUAAAAUUAUUGAAGAAACAUUUGUUUAUAAAAUUGAUAUGCUUCAUAAUCUUUCUUUAUCAUCGAAUGCUUCAAUGAUUCGUUACGCUUUAGCAUAUAAAGACUUUAAUCCUAAUGAAAAAUAUCCUGAGGAAGAGAUAGAAUCAAGUUUUGAAUUAACGAAAAAGUAUUGGAAAUAUAAAAUUGAAUUAUAUAAGAAACAAGAUGAAAAAGCAGAAAGAGAUACUAAAAAUAAUGUUUCAAUGGAUGAUUUUCAAUACUAUCACGAUUUAAUCCUUUCAUCUAAAUGCAAAAUGUGA